AUGAUGCUGGGAGUGCCGGGUAACUGCCUCAUCCUCCGUGUGUAUUGGAGCAAGCUGCGUAAGACUAGCACCCAUGUUCUCAUCAUGGGCUUAGCCUGGGCCGAUCUCCUGGCCUCUGCGUUUCAGAUCUUCAGGAUCGCCUCCAACUGUCUGCUCCUCGAGCAGGCACCGCCAGCCUACAAAAACUGCACAGACUACUUCCUGCACACUGCAAUCGGCACCUCGGCCCUGAUAACGUGCGUCAUUGCGUUCGAUCGCUACGACUGCGUCUGCCGGCCGCACCACCGUCUUCUCAGCCGUAAGAGGGCGAUGAUAGCCGCGGUGUGCUGCCUGGCUACGGACGCCACCGUCAAUUCGCCAGAGAUCCUGGAGGUCUUCCAUCCCUCUGGCCUCACGUCAGUGAUUCUGCUGACCUUCCAAAUCUUUACCUGUUUCUCUGCAGCUGUGCUGAUGGUUGUGUGUUACAGCAAGGUUUACACAACCAUACGCGAACACGUCAAAGUUGGCGUUGCAAGCAGCAUCAGUGGACGUGUCCGAGACAGUUCCGCACAACAAUCAACACAGAUUGUAUCAUGCUACACAUCCGAGGCCAACAGUAUCACACUGCAAUGCAAGUCUAAUUGUAACGCACCCUCGUCAGCUAAGUUUGCUCCCUCAGCUGCAACCGAAGAGGACAAGGGAGAAGAAAGCAAUCCUACCCCCUCGGACAAACCCACGAGCCACAUCAGAGAGGCAUCCAAGGCUCCACGUGGACCCCAGGCGGGAGCCUCUCUGCAGCAACCAGCAACCAAGCUGGAGCGAAAAACCACCAGGAUGUUGCUGAUAUCCAGCGUGGUGUUCCUGAUAUCCUGGCUGCCGUACAUCGUCUACAUCAUCCUCAACCUCUCAGACCUACAACGACAUGGCGCCAUCUCGCCCACUGCUCUGCUGGUAGUGCACCUGGCCACGUACUGUGUGUACAUCAACCACGCCGUCAACCCAAUCAUUUACGGAGUGGCCAACAGGCGAUUUCGAGAGGACUGCAAAAAGGAACUGAGGAAAUUAAGAUGUUGGUAAAACCGUUCCACAGAACAAUAGAACAAGCCGUCUGUGACGUCAUGCCAACAUGCAAUCGACAGGUAAAUGUUAGCCCUAGAAUUGUUCGCUUGGGUUUUUUUUGGCCUUCAGUGAAACAAAGUCAACACUUUUGUAACAGCUAUAAUUUUUAAGAGGUACACAUGCAGUUCAAAAUAGAACGGUUUUCUAUUCCAUUUCAAAGUCAUG